AGUAUAGAAGUAUAUUUUACGUUUCAUAUUUGUUUCUCGUAAAUUUAAGUGACAUCAGGAUGGGUGUUCCACAAUUUUCAAAAAAGGAUUUUGUACUCAAUCUGAUCGAGAAGAAGAAUCAGCUCGAGCAAAAUAUUAACAGCUUUGGCCAAAUUUUGGCUGUGAACAAUAAUAUUGGCAUGAGAGAAUCACUGAUAGAUGCCGAUGGUUACCCGCGUAAUGAUAUCGAUGUCUAUCAAGUUCGUCAUGCUAGACAUCAAAUAAACACUUUGCAGAAUGAUUUGAAAUCUUUGAUGAAAGAAAUCGAAAAAGGUCUUGAAGCUUUCCAUGCAGAAUCCACUAGUAGUGGGCCUAGCGGACCCAAGGCCGCAUCUUUUCGCUCCAAUUCGGAUGACAUGGAAGUAGUUGAAACUCCCUUGAAUCCUUUCGUUAGGGUCAAUUUCGUGAGUCCCGGAAGUCCUGCCGAAGCAGCUGGUAUCCGGUUCAAUGAUGAAAUCAUCGAGUUUGGAUCGUUGAAUGCAUCCAAUUUCAGAGAAUUGACCCAAAUAAGCGAAAUCGUUAAGCAUCGUCAAAAUGAAAGGAUACUCAUUCGAGUUCAACGCGAUAAUAAGGUCAAUGAACUGUGCUUGGUACCACAAAUAUGGAGCGGUCGAGGUUUGUUGGGCUGCAAUGUCGUUGUUAUCGAAGGAAGUUCUCGCUAAGUUUUAAUGCUAAUUUUACACUCGCAAAUUUUCACUGUAACCUAAACGAAUCGCUAUUAACGGAUUAAAUGGUCGAAUU